AGGUAUCGCGGAUCGGUAUCGUGGAACGCGGAUUUUAGAGUAGAGUCACCGUUAGCCCGUGGGUCUCCACAUGCAGCAACCUCCACGUGGUGAGACCUGGGUCGUUAAUACUUGCAAAGUCUAAUUGUAAAUCUUAUAACGCAAGUAUUAUCGAGCGAAUGGCUGCAUAUUGUAUUACAUUUCCAGUAGCUUUUCAUUCUAAUUCCAACUAAACAUUAACAUAUUUCCAUUUUAUAUAGCUAAUAAUACUUCGAACGAAGAAAUAUGGCAGAAUUCUAUUGUACAAUAAUUUCUCAGAGAAACAAAAAGGAAAUUUUUCUAUAACAGUUUUAUUUCAAUAACACUUUUCUAUAACUCUUAUGUUCGCAAGCAUUUUCUGAUAUCUUCUGAUUUCUCGUCGAUGGAUGGAAUUUAUCAUCGAGGGAACGUUUCAUCAUCGAUGAACCGACCUAUCAACUUUGAUGAGGCACGCACAGUCCGUCGGCUUGUAUAUAUCAUGCGAUUAUGUGUAUAUGUAUAUGUGUGUGUGUGUUUGCGUGUAUAUAUUAUUUUUUUUCUUUUUUUUCAAUUUUCUAUUUCUCGUGAAAAAUGACUUUUUUUUUUUAUUUUAAUUAGGGAGACGGUAUCAUGUAUUUUGUAGAAAGAGUGCGGUCACUGACAACGAACGGAUAUGCAUAUCGGUGAAACAAAGAGAGAGAGAGAGAGAAUCAUGUUCAUUUUUCUUUAGUAUGCGUAAUGAGUUUAUCGAAUUUAUCAAAAUUUCUUCUUCAUCAUUCCGUACGCGAGUGAUCGUCAGUCGACGAACACGAAAAUAUAGUCAUAAACUCUUUCUGCCACGAAUUAUUCGAUUUUCCUUUUAUUACCAUAUUAAUUUCAUCUAAGAAUAUAAUCAUUUUUCUCUUUCGGUGAAAUAAUAAAAAUGUCGGUAAUCGUUCAUUAUGCAGUCGUUGCAUUCUGGGAGAAAUCUGGUUGCAAGAUCGUCGCAGAUUAUUUGGUCGAUCCCGAAGCCGAUUGUCGUGAAAUUGCUUUAACUACAAUACAGGACAUUAAGAAUCUUGAAAACGACAGGACCAGCCUCGAUCGGGGCAAAUAUAUGGUGCAUCUACUGAUCGGAGAAUUGCAUUAUGCUUGCUUGACAACAAAACCAGAAUCUUCAUCGGCAGCAUCCCGAUUAGAAUCCUGUUCUCAAAUCUUUCUCGACAGGUUGAGAAAUAUUUACAGAGAAUUACCGAUACUUGCCGAUCUAUCGAGGGAUCUAACUAAUCUAGCUGUCGCUGAUCUUUCUAAACCACUUCAACAAAUCAUUAAUGAAUACAAUCAACAGGAACCAAACACUAUACCAAAAUUGGAGACCCAAUUAGUCGAAAUACGACGUAUGUUAAUGGAUGGCAUUCAAAAAUUGAUAGACAGGGGUCAAAAGUUGGAUGAUCUACUUCGUAAAACGCAAACUUUACAAAUUACGUCAAGAAAAGAUUUUCACAUGGGAACGAAAAUACCACGAAAGAAAAACGUUUUCUUGGCUGCCACUGCAGCUACACUGAUGUUUCUAUCAACAUCCCUUUUCGUUUUCUUAUUGUACAUAGGUAUUUUAUAAAAUAUUUUGUUUAGAAAAAAAACAAAAAAACAAAAAAACAAACAAAAAAACA